AUGUCGCACUUUACAUGCAGUGCAUCAGUUUUGAAGCUUGCCAUUUCUGACCACCACGCAGUACAGGUAUUGAUAGAAGCUGAAAAUCUUCAUGUCAAUAGAAAAGAGAAACAAUAUGUGACAAAAAGAAUCACCAAUGAUGGCAAUGUUAAAGAUUUCAACAAAUAUGAACCAUGCCAGCUAAAGAAUGGAGGCUCUGGAAAGUGCAUGCAUAUCAGUUUAUGUCCAUCAGCUAUCCACAAGGUGUACAAAGGUAUCGAGCUGGACAUAUGUGGCUUCCAAGGCAGUGUAGCCAUUGUGUGUUGUGAAGAUCCUACUGCCUCCAAUCAACUAAUCACAGAAGAUCAACCACCUAGGAAGCCUGACACACAACCAAAUGUAAUACCUGACUCAACAACCAUUUCACCAAACAGCAGCCUUGUCUCAAAUUUCCAGUCUCCCACUACACAAUCUGGUAACACUUCAAGUCAGCAAAUUAGGAAGCGUGUUAGUGAAGAGAAAUGUGAUGAGUAUAAAAGGCCUUUGGAAGAGGCAGCUAAAAUUCGUUUUCCAAUAGUUCAUCAGUUCAUUGUUGGAGGUAAGAAAGCUGCUGUUGGAGAGUUUCCUCACAUGGCUGCUAUUGGUUAUCAAGUUGAUGGUAAUCUGGAAUGGAACUGUGGGGGAUCAUUAAUCAGUGAAUAUUAUGUCCUUACUGCUGCACACUGCACACACAUUGGAAAAUAUCCUGCAGUAAUAGUUCGUCUUGGUGAGCAUAAUCUGAAAAGUGAUGAUGAUGGAGCACUUCCUGUGGAUUAUCACAUUGCAGAUUUAGUGCGCCAUCCUGAAUACAAAGGACCAAGCAAAUACAAUGAUAUUGCUCUGUUACGACUUAGUGAGCGUGUGAAUUUCACGUGGCCUAUACGACCUGCUUGUCUCUACACACAUGAUAAAUUCUCAGAUAGCAGGGCAAUUGCUACUGGUUGGGGUAAAACUGAGUAUGCUGGAAAAUCAAGUGACAUUUUGCAGAAAGUUAAUCUUGAAAUAGUAGAUAACGAAAAGUGCAAUAACUUAUGGAAAAGUCUUGGCAAGAUCACAUCUCUGCCUCAUGGAAUUGCACCAUCAAUGUUAUGUGCCGGGGUCACUGCAGGAGACAAAGACACUUGUCAGGGUGAUUCUGGUGGACCACUUCAGAUGUCCUUCAAAAUAGGAAGACAACAUUUUCAUCAUGUUAUUGGGGUGACAUCAUUUGGGAAUUACUGUGCUGGAAAAGAUUCACCAGGAGUCUAUACACGUGUCUCUUCUUUUGUUACAUGGAUUGAGAGCAUUGUGUGGCCGGAUGGUUAGCUUAAUGAACAGAUUACCAACUUGUAAAAAGUUUUUAAGUCUCUCAUGCCAUAUAUUUUAACUGUCAAGCUGAAGUCAGGAAUGUUUCAUGUGGCUAGCUGAUGGUUUCAUUGGUGUAUGUUGUGACUGCAGAUCUAACACUCAGAUAUUCAGUCAAAAAGUUGUUAAAAUCAAUUCAUUAUAUACGCUAUCAAAAUUUUUUCUGAUAAAUAUCAAAUGACCUUACUUUACACAAA